AUGGCCGUCGGCGUCGUGUUCUUCCUUUUCCUCGUUGUGGCUCUAGCGACCGCACCUGGUGGUGACGCGGCGGUGGUUGAGCACACCUUCAUCGUGAGCCAGAUGAUGCUAAAUCACCUGUGCAACAACACGCCGGUUAUUGUGGUGAACGGGCAAUUGCCAGGCCCGGCGAUAGAGGCCAGCGAAGGAGACUCGAUAGUCGUUCAUGUCAUCAACAAGUCGCCCCAUGGAGUAUCAAUCCAUUGGCAUGGAGUGAAGCAGCAACUGAACUGCUGGGCCGACGGGGCAGACAUGAUAACCCAAUGCCCGAUCCAGCCGAAUAAGAAUUUCACUUAUCGGUUCAAUGUCAUCGGCCAGGAGGGCACGCUAUGGUGGCAUGCGCAUGUCGCCUGCCUCCGUGCCACCAUCCAUGGCGCCUUGAUCAUCCGGCCAAGAUUGGGCUCAAGUUCGUACCCGUUUCACAAGCCUGACAAGGAGAUCCCCAUUGUUAUAGGUGAAUGGUGGGGGACAGACCUUGUUAGGUUGGACAAGAGAUUCAAUAAUAGUAACUUUGCCUAUGUACCCGGUUCAUCUACAAUCAAUGGAAAACUUGGAGACCUCAACAAUUGUUUUGGGUUCAUCGAAGAGAACUAUAUCCUUAACGUCGAGCAUGGCAAGACAUAUCUGUUAAGGAUAGUGAAUGCUGCGCUCCACCCACAGUAUUACUAUAAGAUCGCCGGGCAUAUGUUCACAGUUGUGGCCGCCGACGCAAACUAUGUCAAACCGUACAUGACAGAUACCAUCGCGAUCGCGCCAGGCGAGACAGUCGAUGUGUUGGUCGUUGCCAAUGCGCCUCCUGGCAUGUACUACAUGGUCGCCUUGGGCAUCAUGUCACUAGGGCCCAUCACCGAGACCCCAGCGUUCAUCUCACGUGGGAUUGUAUCCUACAAUAACCAGGCCAAUGCAACAUCUGAUGGUACCCCGAUAAUGGUCCCUGAAAUGCCCGAUCAGCGUGAAGAAACUUUAGCCUUUUACUUCCAUGACAACUUGACCAGCCUGGUGCAUCACCGGGUGCCGGCAGACGUCGACGAGCGACUGUUCAUCACCGUUGACACGGGGAACAUGUGCAGAAAAGGUAGUGUACCAGCAUGUGGUUUGGUGUCCCGUAUGAAUAACAUCUCGUUCCAACCUCCGGCGAAUGGGUCUUUGCUCCAUGCACACUACAGCAACAAUAUGAUCAACAACGUAAUAAGCACUCUGCAAGACUUUCCCAGCAGGCCACCACCGAGGAUGGUGUUCAACCGCGGCCAUACGUCGAAGGCAACGUCGUUGAGGAGGGUGCGAUACAACACCACCAUGGAGAUCGUGCUACAGGGACCGCCCAUAUGGCCCAGCUACCCUAACCCCAUGCACCUUCAUGGGCACGACUUCUUCAUCCUUGCGCAGGGCCAUGGGAGAUACAACGCAGAGAAGGAUGUGCAGGCAUACAACUUGUUGGAUCCACCGGUGAGGAACACGGCCCUUGUCCCCGUACUUGGAUGGAUGGUCAUCCGAUUUGUCACAAGAAAUCCUGGGGUGUGGUUACUACACUGCCAUAUCCAACAACAUGUGUCCACGGGCAUGGCAGUAGCAUUCGUGGUGGAGAAUGGACCAACGAUGGACACUACUCUUCCCCCGCCUCCAGCAGAUUAUCCAAGUUGUGAUAACCAAAAUUAA